CGCGCGACAGUUGGCGUUCCGCAUUCGGAACAUGCGCCGCGUCGCGAGUCCCUCGUUUCCCGGAACAAACGUUUCGUUGGCGUAUCGUCGCUCGAGGAUAAACGGUCGGCCGGUUUCGAAACGCGACCGAUCCGCCGCGCCUUGACCGCCUUCGCUGCUGCUCUUCCACCACCACCUCCUCCUCCUCCUCUUCCUCCUCCUCCUCCUCCUCCUUCUCCUCCUCCUCCUCCUCGCUUCGGUUCGGUCGCGCGCGGAGGAAGGAACGCGUGUGUCUCCCGUUUCCACGCACGAUAACGUUACUCUUGCUCCCUCUCUCUUAGGAGGAAGAGGUAGUCGCGAGAGAGAAAGAUCGGUAGAUCUUGUUUUCGACGAGUGUUGGAGUUGGCGCAGUGUUGAACCGCGAGUGGAAGGAAUCGGUGAAUGGAGCAAGUGUUUGAUCGUCGGGGGAGUUAAUAAAAGGAGAGUGCCGCGGUGGAAGAGGGAAGGGAGGUCCGCGCGCGGGACGACAAAGGCGAUCCCUCCGCGUGUUCGCGUUCCCCGGAUGUCCAGGCUCCGUGGACCGUUUGACGUCACGGAACACGAGUCGGCGGCGGGCCGGCGGGAGAGGAAGGACCGGUCGGAGGAAGGAAUCGAGGCUGGUGCGGCUUGAUCGCUGGCUCCCUUCUCGCGACGUGUCACCGACAUUCGUCCCGGGCGAGAUACAUCCGGGCAGGCGUCAGAGCGGCGGUCGCUGGACCGUCCGGCGGACGUCUCGACCGCCGUACGGCGAGCCGGUGGAGCCAGGAGGUGGAGGAGGAGGGGCUGCGGAGGUGGAGGUGGAGGAGGAAGGCCCGCGGACGUGCAACAAGUUAAGAGGCCGCCGCCGCUACCGUCGACAUCGCUGCCGUCGCCACCGUCCUCGCCACGAUGUGACAUGGAUAUCCUAGCCGUAGCCUGCGCCCUCGUCGCCACGGCCCUCUAUUGCAACACCCUGCAAGCGGGUUUCGUCUACGAUGAUCGAAGAGCGAUCCUGACGAAUCCAGACCUCCUGUCCAGCACACCGUGGUCAAAGCUGUUGGAGAACGAUUUCUGGGGCACACCGUUGAGCGAUCGAGGCUCGCACGGGAGCUACAGGCCGCUCUGCGUGGCCACGUUUCGUCUGAAUCAUCUGUUGGGAGGGCUCGAGCCUUGGGGCUAUCAUUUGGUGAACGUCGCGUUGCACGCCGCCUGCACCGUUCUCGUGGUCAGAGUGGCCAGAAAGGUACUGGCGGGAAGGAACAGCCUGGGCCACGCGAUCACCGGCUUCCUGUUCGCGGCGCAUCCGAUCCACAGCGAGGCGGUGGCCGGCGUGGUCGGUCGCGCCGACCUCCUCGCCUGCCUCUUCACCCUGUUGGCGUUCCUCGCGUACAGCGCCCACUGCGAGCGCGCCAGGUCGCCGUUUCCCUUGAUCCUGGCCCUCGUCUCCUCGACCCUGGCCACCCUCGCCAAGGAAACGGGGAUAUCCUCGCUGGCUCUUUGUCUUCUCUGGGAAUUGUGCCGCGGCGAGUCGAGUCGAAAGGCGAAUUGCGGCCCGGUGACUCGGACGCGCAGCAUCGGCAUCCUUUCCGGGAGCCUGGCCCUGCUCGUCCUCGGCAGGCUGAGGAUCGCGGGGACGAGGCCAGAGUUCGCCAGCGCGGACAACCCGACCGCGAGGCAUCCCUCGCGCUUCACUCGCGGCCUCACGUUCCUCUACUUGCCCGCGGCGAGCGCGAGGAUGCUGCUCUGCCCCAGCACGCUCAGCUUCGACUGGUCCAUGGACGCCGUGCCCCGCGUCACCACCCUCCUCGACGCGAGAAACCUCGAGUCGGCCUUCCUCUACGCCUCCUUGAUCGCCGCCUCGAUCUGGACCGUGAAAAUCCUCCGGCGGCCGCCCCGCCGCCUCGAGUUCGCCUCGACCCUCGCCCAGUAUCCCCGCUCCGUCUCCUCGAGGUGCCCCGUGUGCGCGGGCAGGCGGGCGGGCGGCUGCCACACGGACGGGUGCCGGGCGGCCAACAACAACAACAACGGCCCGAUCGGCACCGACUGCCACUGCGCCAAGAGAUUGCCCAGCGGCGCUGCGUCGAGCUGGGGCCGCCGCGGGGGGCGGGCCGCGGCCGGCGGCGUCGCGGCCUCCCUCGGCUUCCUCGUGCUCCCCUUCCUCCCGGCCAGCAAUCUCUUCUUCUACGUGGGCUUCGUGAUAGCGGAGAGGAUCCUCUACCUGCCGAGCGUGGGCGCGUGCCUGAUCGUCGCCUCGGCCAUCUCGGGCUGCUACCACGUGGCGCGGAGGCACGGGUCGAGGAGGAAGGGCAGGGCGGUCCUCGUCGCGACCGCCCUGCUCGUUUGCCUCAUGUCGGCCAAGACCCUGUUGAGGAACGCCGACUGGUUCGACGAGGAGAGUCUGUACAGAUCCGCGUUGCACGUCAACCCGCCGAAAGCUUAUGGUAAUUUGGGCAGCGUGCUGAGCGCCCAGGGACGCGUGGCGGAGGCGGAGGAGGCGUUCGUCCAGGCGCUUCGCUAUCGACCGAACAUGGCGGACGUACACUACAAUCUGGGAAUAUUGCAGCAGGGCAGGAGAAAUUACGAGGAGGCGAUUCUCAGUUAUCAGCGGGCGAUCCAUUUCCGGCCCUCGUUGGCUCAGGCUUAUGUGAAUCUGGGCGCGGCGCUGGCCUCGGUCGGACGUGGAACGGAAGCGGCUGCGGUUUUGCGGGCCGGCGCAUCCUUGGAUGGUUCCGGGCUCAAGGACAAGAGGGCUCACGAGGCGGCGAGGGUGCAGGCUCUCCUUCAAUUAGGCGCCCUCUACGCCGAUCAGGGCAGAUUACAAAGGGCCCUGUCCGCGUACAGAGAGGCACUUCACGCCCUCCCGGAUCACUAUCCACCUCAGAGCGUUUACAAUCUUCUGGGGGAAACUCUGUCGAGGCUGCAACAGUACGCGGAGGCGGAAAGGUGGUUCCAGGCGAGUUUGGCCAGCCAGCCUGACCACGUGCCGGCCCACAUCACUUACGGGAAACUUUUGGCCCGAAACUCGAGCCGCGUGCUGGAGGCCGAGAGAUGGUUCCUGAGAGCCCGUAGAUUGGCGCCGGACGACUCGAGCGUGCACCAUCAUUACGGACUGUUCCUGACGUCCCAGGGUCGACUGUCGGAGGCGGCCGAGGAGCAACUCCGGGCCGCGGAGCUUUCCAGAUCCGAUUACGAGCUGUCGAUGGCCGCGGCGUCCGCGCUUCGGCAGGCGGGGCGGCUGGAGGACGCGGAGGUGUGGUACAGGCACGCGGCGAGGCUGAGGCCGCAGGAGGCGCGCAGCCACACGAACCUGGGCGCGAUCCUCCACCUGAACGGGAAGUACAAGCAGGCGGCGGCCGCGUACAGCGAGGCGUUGAGGCUGCAGCCGGGCGACGCGACGACCAUCAUGAACCUGCACAAAUUGGCGGCGAUCCUCGCGUGACCACCACGACGCCGCCCCACCAGCAUGGGAAUCGACGAGAGAUACGACGCGACGACCGCCCCACGAGACGAAGAACACCACCACCACCACCGCCCCCUACGAUCACCGACUCGCCGUGUUCCCCCACCCACCCACGUCACCCCGAUCUUCCUCCCGAUAUUCGUUUGUAUCCGUCGACGGGCGCGCCAACGUCCCCGCGGGGCACAGCUAGCCGUCAUCCCCGGGGGGACCUCGACGCGCCCCCGACUCGUAUCGCCUGCUAUGGUAUGUAAAGAAUAAAAGCUUCCUUUAUUUUUCUCUAA